AUGACGACAAUUCACGAUAUACCUCCCGAGAUCCUGGCCGCCUCCUUCGAAGUUGGGAUAUACACCUGGGGCAUAGGGUACCUACGCCCGCUAUCAGAUGUCUGCCAGGCCUGGCGCGACACUAUCGAACAUACCCCACGACUUUGGGGAAUCAUCUCCUUUACGCGGAGUCGCUCUGCUGCUGCCCUCCUCCGACAGCUCGCGAAGGCGAAGAAUGCCCCACUAGCCCUCACUAUCGAGCCACUUUCGAUUACGAGGAGCGCUAGCAAAUCAAGCAUAAGGAAGGACAAGGAAGAGGUCCUCAAGGCGCUUUUGGGGAGGGUCGGCGGAUGGGUCAGCGCGGAUGUCGGUACGGACUUGUUAGCAAAAUGCCGUUGGGAAGAUAUGGCGAAUUUGGAGAAGCUGAUUAUCAGGCGUGGUGGACCGCAGAAUCAGGACCCAGGACCUUUCUUCACCAGCGAAUAUGAGUGCAAGAACCUCAAACUGCACUCCUUCAGCACUACCGGCGGCGUUCCCAGCAGAUGGGUGACGCCAUUCCUCAAAUACUCCCCCUCCAUCCGGUACUUCUCCUUACACACAGGGAACAAGUCACAAACUUAUCACACCUACUGGCAUUCCAAGCUUCACGACAUCCGUGAUACUUGGACGUACCUUGCGCUUGUCCCAAACGCGUACACCAUCGAGCUAACAGACCUCGCACACACUGCUCCUGCCCACAUAUCAUCGCCACCGCCUAUACUUUUCCGCUCCCUUCGCACACUACGCCUCCAGGAGGUACGAUACGCGCCAGCGGUGCUCACGCCGCUCGUCGUGCCGAAUCUACAGACGCUCUCUCUGGAGCACACGCGCCGCGAACGAGAGGCGUGGUCGUGGCGCUAUGCAAACUCAGACAUGGACGCAGACUCUGACCACCGGCAGCAUCAAUUACUCCUCGCACCUGUAUUCACGCAGUGGAGUGCGCCAGGGUCAGUGCCGGAGCAUCUACACACGCUAGAGCUGAAGGAUUGCCUCCGCUCUGGCGAUGUGCCCUUCCUUGUGCGGUGGCUUGAACGUCUGCCUCACCUCGUGAGGCUGGUGAUACAGGAUGACCAGGUGGGCGCUGCGAAAGAAGGACACGAUGCAGACCCCGAUGCCAAUCUCUAUCGAGCCCUAUCCUCUCCACGCAUGAUGACAUCGCAGAAGGACCUCAACGGGAACUUGCCGAUGGGGUGGUUGUGCCCUGAACUGAUGAUACUCCACCUCGAUACGGACAAUGCGCUCGACGACGUUGUCUCUAUCGCAAGCGCCCGAGGCGGUAAAGUCGUUCAACUAUUGAAACCGCCAAGCAGUAUGCCCUCUCGCCUGCGCCGUAUCGAGACCCGCCUAUGCCCAAUGGCCGGACCUGAAGAUGUACAGCUCCUCCGCUCGCUCGUUGACCACAUUUCUUGUGUGUGCACCAACUGUGGGCUCAUGCUUGAAUCGCUGAGUCCAGGUCAGUAG